UUUGUUUAACUCGAUUACUAUUUGUUUUAUUUAAGGUUGACAUGCUUAACUUCCAAAACAAGAACAGCAGCUAUUUUGUCAAGUGGAUCCCCAACAACACGAAAACAGUUCUCUGUGACAUCCUACCCGAGGGGCUAAAUAUGUCCACCACCUUCACCUGCAACAGCAAGACCAAUGAGGAACUGUUCAAGCACAUCUUGGAGCAGCUCCUGGCCAUGUUCAGGUGCAAGGUCAUUUUACACCAGUACACAAGGAAGGGCAUGGAUGAGAUGGAGUUCACCGAGGCCAAAAGCAACACGAAUGACCUUGUGUCCAAGUACCAGUAGUUCCAGGACACCACAGCUGAAGAGGACAGUAAGUUUGAGGAGAAGGAUGAGGAGGUGGUCUACAACUGUCUGGUACCUGGUACGGCAUGGAAGCCUUGUGAACUUCAUCACUCACAACCUCUUCCCCAACAACUAUGUCUCACUGUGUCUAUACUUGCUCCUGUCUUGACAUCA